UGUUUUUCUUUCCCCUUCUUUCUUUUCCUCUGUCACUCCCUGCGCUUCAAAAAGGGGAUGGAUGUGGCCAUAUGGUGGUAUAUCAAGACAGCGGUACUCUGGCAUCCAAGAACUAUCCUGGGACUUACCCCAAUUAUACCGUUUGUGAAAAGAAAAUUCAAGUGCCUCAGGGAAAACGACUGAUCUUAAAAAUUGGUGACUUGGACAUUGAAUCCCAGAACUGUGAAUCUGACUACCUUGCCAUCUUUAACUCUUCAAAAUUGUACGGCCGAUACUGUGGUAACAUGAUGCCUGUACCCAAAGAAAUCACCUUGGAUACUAAUGAAGCAACUAUUCACUUCAAGAGUGGGUCCCAUGUAUCAGGACGGGGCUUUCUGUUGUCCUAUGCUAGUACCGAUCAUCCAGAUCUCAUCACCUGUUUGGAGCGAGCAAACCAUUACCGAAAGAAUGAGUACAGCAAAUAUUGUCCCGCUGGUUGCAAAGACAUAGCAGGUGAUAUUUCGGGAAAUGUAGUGGAAGGAUACAGAGAUACCUCCUUGUUGUGCAAAUCGGCCAUACAUGCAGGAAUUAUUACAGAUGAGCUAGGUGGCCAGAUCAGUGUCAUUCAGCAGAAGGGAAUAAGUCGAUAUGAAGGAAUUCUAGCCAACGGCAUUCUUUCACAAGAUGGCUCACUGUCAGACAAACGAUUUUUGUUUACCUCAAAUGGCUGCAAUAAAUCUCUGAGUCUGGAAGAUGGAUUCCUCUUCCAGACCCAUAUUACUGCGUCCUCCUCCUGGGAAGAAAUCAAUGAAUUUGGGGAAGUUGUUCGCUGGUCUCCUGACAAGGCUUGGUUCCAAGUGCGAGGGUUGUCUUGGGCUUCUAAUCACAGCAGCCAACAGGAGUGGUUAGAAAUAGACCUGGGAGAGAAAAAGAGAAUAACAGGGAUUAGGACUACAGGAACCACUCUGCUGAAUUCUGACUUUUAUGUAAAGACAUUUACAAUGAAUUAUAAAAAUAGCAACUCAAAAUGGAGGAUUUACAAGGGAAUACUGAGCAAUGAAGAAAAGGUAUUCCAUGGUAACUCCAAUUUUGGAGACAUUGUACGUAAUAAUUUUAUCCCUCCUAUAGUAGCCCGUUACGUACGGGUGGUUCCACAGACCUGGCACCAAAGAAUAGCCCUGAAGGUGGAGUUGAUUGGUUGUCGAAUAAUGCAAGUGAACAGCUCAUUUACUCAUUCAAUGUGGCAAAGACCAAGUCAAAAUACAGAUGCAUCAAUUGGAAAAGAAGAUAGAACCGUCACAGAACCCGUCCCAUCAGAAGAAACUAACUUAGGUUUAAAACUUACAGCUAUCAUUGUCCCAGUCCUGGUAGUGCUGUGUUUGUUCCUAUUUGGAAUGUGCAUCUAUAUGACCAUACGCAAGAGAGAAAUAAAAGGAGUUGCUUAUGGCUUAUCUGAUGCUCAGAAACCAGGUUGUUGGAAACAGAUCAAACAGCCUUUUACUAGACAUCAGUCAACUGAAUUUACUAUCAGCUAUAACAAUGAAAAAGAGACACCGCAAAAGCUGGAUCUGGUCACAAGUGAUAUGGCAGAUUAUCAGCAGCCUCUCAUGAUUGGAACUGGGAUGGUAACACGAAAAGGAUCCACUUUUAGACCAAUGGACACAGAGGAUGAGGAGAAGAGAGGUAGCCCAGAGAUUGUAAACCACUAUAGCUGCCCACACAGAGCUAGCCGCCAUGAAUAUGCCCUGCCCCUGACCAGUCAGGAGCCUGAAUACGCCACUCCUAUUGUAGAACGGCAUGCUGGAAGAGAAAAGGCUUUUCCCUCUGAGAAUGGCUACAACGUGCCUGUCAUCUCUUCAGCUCAUAAACAUUCCCUUUCUGCUGGCAGCUUCUCUAACCCAUGUAGGUCUGACACCAGGAAUGGGGAUUAUCAAACCCCACAGAAUCUAACAAACUAUGAUAAGCCUAAAGCUAACAGCAUCUUGACCUCUGUGAGCUAUAGCACUGACUAUCAGAAGCCACAAACUACUUCACCAGUGAAUGAGGGUUACUCAACACCCAGAGACUCUCUAAAGCCAAUAAACCAGACAGCCAUGACGGCUCUCUUGUGAUCUACUGAGCAAGAGCUAUUUGCUGUACUAGUGAAGAGAGUGCUACUACUGUACAUUUUCCAGAAUGAAAAGAUGUACAUCAUUGUUUUAAAGGAUUCUCCAGUGGAAACUAGAAGAGAGACUGAACUCGUGCACAUAAUUUUGAAGACAAAAGUACACUGAUAAUCACUGUUUAAUAUCAGUGAAGACUCACAUUUAUCUUCUGUGAUGGAUCCCAGAAUGUGAUCCAGGUGCAAUAUGUGCAAUUUGUAAAUAGUUUUUAUUUAAGAAGAAUAACUUAAGUUUUCUUUAAUAUGUUCUUUUUGUGUGGAAUUCAAAUAGAAGAAAUAUCUGUUACAGAAAUUUCUGUAAAAAAAAUGCUCACCAGAACUUUCUUUUAUCUGCUGUUGUGUUAACAGUUUUUAAAACUAUGUUGUUCUCUUGUUUGGGUGGUUUAUUUUCCUGAUUGUGGUAGCUGGAAGUAAGGCAUUUUAUACUUCUGGGAAGGGUGAAAGAAAUAAAACUACUCGAAGCAUAGAAUACUCACAAGAGAAUAGGUGAGCAAUUGCAUAUGAUGUUCAACCAAAUUUAUCAGCUACCUUUUUUACAGCAAUCGUUUGAAUUUGGUUUCAUGCUAGGAUGUGAUUUGAGCUGGUUAUGGUAAAGAACAGUGGAAAAGACUGGGCUUGGUUCAAGCAUUGUGUCUCUUGCUGUCAUGAUUGCUAAUCUGUUGAAAUAUACAGAAUGGUUUAUUCAUCUUUUUUUUUCAGUGGAGCCAAAAUGUGAAUUAUGGCAGAAGACUGCCUUCAGAUCAGUCUGUAGCUGGCAAUAUUAUUAUGCUGUUGUUAGAGAACAAAUUUCUCCAUGAUAGGUAAUGUAAAUUCAGAAUGUUUCAUUGCACUUGCAAGUAUUUUUUGUAAAUUGAGUGUUUCUCCCUAUGGCCAUGCAGCUUUGUUUUAUAUCAAAAUUAUACGGUAAAAGGCCAAGAAGUUCUAGGCUUCAGGGGAAGGAAAAAUACUCUCUUAUUAAGGCAAAACCAGGCCACUAAAUCUGAUUUCUCUUAACAGCUCUGUGGGCAAGUCAUUUAUCCUAUAGAGUUACAGAAGGGGAAACUGAGUAAAAGGGGAAUAUUUCCAAGCCUCAUAAUGAGGAUAAAUUAUAAGAGCCUUGUAAAGCAUCUUGAGGUUGUUUGCUGGAAGGUGCUGUAGAAGUACAGAGUAGAUGUAUACUGUUAAUUCUGGUUAUAUAUGGUCUUAAAACAGGCUUAAAAGGAUUUUGUGCUUGUUUCACUCUGUGCAUGUUUUGCAAACUGUAUGAGUGCACUUAUCUUCUCCUGGUGCUGAAUUUAGAAAUGUGGAGGUAAUUGUGUGUGUGACUCCUGUGCACAUAAUAUUGCAAUUCCAUAUGUACAGACAUUUGAAGACAAGAGUACGCUGGCAAUUCCUCUCUACAGCAAGGGAAUUAUUAUCAGUAAAGACUGCACAUUUAUUUUCUGUAACUGAUCUCAGUGCUGUGCAAAAAGAAAAAAGUCAAUGUGAUUAUGUCACCUCUUGUGUUACUGUAAUAUAGUUUCUGUGAAAUGUAUGAAACACCUCAGGCACUGAAGUGAAGCUGCAGCAGCCUAUGUGCUAGACUGCUCUGGGUGGUAUUGUUUACUUCUGGCUGUUUACAUGCAGGUGUAAAUAAAGGACACUGGCAUUCGGUAACUAAGUCAUGGAUGGCUGGAGUCUAGCUCGGCUUUAUCGACACCGCACGCCCACUCUAUUACAUAUCCUGCAGGAUGUGAAAUUGGACAAUCAGCCAGAAAGCAGUGUUCCUUAUGAUGUGCAAAAGUGACAGCUGUGCUGCUGUUAUUUACAUUUCAGAUGUGAUUUAAAAGGCCAUGCUAAAAAAAAAAGUUUAUCACUAUGUUCCAUUUAGUCUGGGGUUUUUUUUAUUUGAAAGGAAGAAACAAAGGCUAACUUCCAGGCUGGCCUUGUGUAAGUGAAUAAGAGAGAAGACUGUCCCCGCCACACACAUGCACCCUACCAGUGGGCACACCUAUGCCAGUGGGCACAUCUAUGUGUGCAGUUAUUGGGGCUGAAUAAACUCCAGUGCAAUUUGCAUCAGAGUUUAUCGCUCCCAGGUGUAACAUUUACAUGUGCCCAAGACCCCAGCAUGCUGAGGCAGGGCAGCGCAUCCCCAGCUGGCAGGGGCCCCAGAGGUCAGCCUGCAGGCCCAGAGCUGCUGUGCCUUGGCUCUGGAGGGAGCUGGCUGGGGCACAAGGGUGCUACAGGGCAGAGCUAGCCAGCAGACAGCCCCCACACUGUAGCACCCUCAUGCUGUAUCCAGCCCCGGUCACAAUCUGUGUGUGUAUUGCAGCAGGGUAAACAACUGCAUCAUAGGAUAGUACUUGUGUCAGGCAGUACUAUCCUAUGGCAGAGUUAAUUAGUUUACUCUGGCCUAAUAGCACUGCACAUAUAGAUGGUGAUGCUUUACUGUGGAACUAAUUAAUCAACUCUGCAGUAAAGCGCAUGUGUAGAUGCUCUCAGUGUGUGGUAUUGGCACUCUGCCUAGAUGGAUAAUUAGUCCGGCUUGAUACUCCAUAAACAAGCACAAUUAAUUAAUCAGGCCAGCUCCAAUUAAAGAUAAUGGGCAUCUUCAAGGUGGCUGCCACUACCUAACUUUUAGGUUCCUAGCCCCUGGAGCUGACUUCAAAACCCAUAGUUAAGUGCCCAGGCUUCCUAUAUGGUAUGUGGGGAGAGCUGGGCACCUCUGAGGGAUGAACCAAAGACAUCCUCACUGAUUCAGCUACCUAGAGCUAACCUACAGGAAACACUGCCAUGCUCAAACAGGGAGCGUUGAGCCUAGGCUGCAAGGAAGACAACCCAUACAGAUAAGAUCCAGAGCCCUUCCCUAAAGGUGAGCAUCUAGAAGUAUCCUUUCAAAGAACUGGGGGCUCAUUCUUGAGCAGCCAUAAGAGGAGGAGCAGGAAGUGGAGGAGGAGGAGAUGCCCAUCUUGUAUAUAAUAGACCAGUGGUGAGAACACUCACUGAAGAAGUGUGAGGCCUGGUUUCAGGCCCUCCUCAGUUUGAGGGGAUUUAAACUUGCUUCCUACUUCCCAGGACAGUACCCUGACCACCAUAGUUCAGGCCUGGGUGAGUGAUUAUUCUCUGUGCAUCCUGCUAAAGCUGAGCUAUCACGAGGAAAGAGGAGUAGUAAGAAGAGGGAGCAUGACUAUAGCCUAGUGACUGGGACACAUGGAAGUCCUGGACUCCAAUGCCUACUCUCAGGAUUGUUUAAUUUAUUAUACAUUAAAGAGUCAUUGAAUGAAAAACAGAAAUAAUAGUAACAUCUGGGACCUUCUCUCUCUCUCUCUCUCUCUCUCUGGCAAUGCUUUUGAAUAAAUGAGAUGCAGCUGCUGUGUA